AUGGAUUUCGUUCGUCCUCUCACCAACACAAUGACUGACCAGCCUACUAUUCGUCUUGCGACGCCUGAGGACGUCCCACUUAUCCUUCAGUUCAUCUGCGAGCUUGCAGACUACGAGAAAGCCCUGCAUGAAGUCGAAGCAACCGAGGAAUCCCUCCUAGCAACUCUUUCCUUCCCCGAUACCCCACCACGCCGCGGCGCCGUUUACACGGCCCUCAUCACCCCGCCACCCACCGCUGAAACCCCCAACCCCAUCCCGGUCGGGAUGGCUCUGUACUUUUACAACUACUCGACCUGGCGCUCCGCUCCUGGUAUCUACCUGGAGGAUCUUUAUGUCCAGCCGAGCGCACGGGGCCACGGCUACGGCUUCAAGCUGCUCAAGUACCUUGCGAAGCAGGUCCUGGAGGUCUCAGGGCGGAGAUUGGAGUGGAGUGUGCUCACCUGGAACGAACCGAGUAUUCGCUUCUAUGAGCAGGUGGGUGCCAAGGGUAUGGAUGAGUGGAUGAAGAUGAUGGUGGAGGGUGAUGCUUUGACCAAGUUGGCUGAGGGUGCAUGA